CAAAAUUAAACUUCAGCCAAAUGGAUCACCGACACGGCUGUGUCUAGAGUAUACAGUUUAGUGUACACCGCGCCGUCAUCUCGUCGUGUCGCUCUUUUGACUGCGCUGUACCGCGAAUCAGCAUGACGACGGCGCAAUGUUUUCGUCGUUAAAGUUUUCCACGCUGCGGUCGAAGAAACACACGUCUCCGAAGCAAAGCGCGCAGCACCGGAAGUCCACGAGCAAAUGUAAGGAGCCUACACGGCUGCUGGACAAGGUGUGUUCGGCCCGGAAGAGUGAAGACAAACGAAUGGUGUCCAAGCACGCGAUUUACGAGUCUAGCACCUACACGGAUCAAUAUCAGUAUGUGAAACACAAAAUCAUCGAUGUGUUCAUCGAACGGGAAGAUGGUAGUCUCGGGAUAGUGCUGCGUGGUGGUGCACAUCCGGAUCCUGACAUGUGCAAGCCUUUGACCGUGACACACGUCAGACCCGAUGGACCCGCAGACAGAGAAGGCACAAUUAAGGUUGGUGAUCAUUUAUUAGCCGUGGACGGUGUUUCGUUGAAUGGUUUAAUACUGGCUGACGCUGAUGCAAUACUCAGACAGUCGGACGGGGCAUGCCGAUUGACCGUGCGAUACCAAGUAUCGGCGGCGGAUCGAGUCGGUAACACCACUUGUCCAAUGUUGGUUGAAGUUGAGAGCCCAAGACCCCAUCAACUAGGCCUAACGUUGACAAACACGAUCAAUAAUAGCGCUGUCGUAGUUGAUCACGUAAAACCUGGAAGCAUUGCCGAGCGAUGUGGUGCUAUAUUUCCGGGCGACCAGAUAGUGGCCGUCAAUGAUACGAGGGUGGCUGGGCUAAGGACAGCGGCCAGUGACGUGUACAAACUGCUACGAACGUGUGGUGGCGCUCAGUCCACUCUCAGAUUAGAAAUAAUACCGGCAUUUACCACAGACUUAAUACACGCCGAAUAUUGUUCGUCGUACGAUUCACGUCAACAUUUGUACUCUGUAUACGAAGAUCCCAUCGAUCCAGUAGUUUGGGAACCAACGGAAACGCAUAACGUGGUACGAGUAGAUUACACUAUAUUGACUUUGGUGGCCGACGAAAACGGUCGGUUUGGAAUGGACGUUCGAUCCAAUAACUUGGCACUCGUCGUUUGUUAUAUAGAACCAGGAGGACCCACUGACAGAACCGGUUGCGUGCAAGUUGGAGAUCGUAUACUGUCUGUGAACGGGUGCAAGAGCACCAGUUUCGUGCCUUUAUUCCAGCAACCACUGCACGAUUUUUUAGGACCUGAAGUAAAAAAUGCCUGCAUCAAGGUGGAGUUUGAUAUAACAGACUCUGUAGUUCCCACGUCGGGAGAAUUCACAGUGAAGUUGUUGAAAAAUGACUACAGAAGUCUCGGAAUCACGAUUACAGACGAUGGCAACGGGCAAGUGUGUAUUUCGGAAAUCGUACCUGGUUCUAUAGCUCAUCGAUCGGGCACAUUAAAAAUUGGAGACACAUUGCUGGCUGUGAAUAAUAAAUCACUGAGUGAUUGCACUAGACAAGAAGCAAGUAGUAUACUCCAAGAAGCCGGAGAUGUGGUAACACUGCGAGUACGGACUUCCAAUACGGCGAUAGGUAAUAUACUUAUGUAUAACAAUAACUUAUGCGUUUAUUAACACACAAAUAAGAUG